AUGGCACACCAAGCGCACUCCUACCACAUAGUAGACCCAAGCCCAUGACCAAUUUUCGGAGCAACCGCUGCCCUGCUCACAACCUCGGGGCUAAUCAUAUGGUUCCACUACAACUCAUCUGUACUACUAACCCUCGGCCUCCUCUCAAUACUCCUAGUGAUACUCCAAUGAUGACGAGAUAUUGUACGAGAGAGCACCUUCCAAGGCCAUCAUACCCCCACAGUCCAAAAAGGCCUACGAUACGGCAUAAUCCUAUUCAUCACAUCCGAAGCGUUCUUCUUCCUAGGAUUCUUCUGGGCAUUCUUCCACUCAAGCCUGGCCCCAACCCCGGAACUAGGAGGCCAAUGACCCCCAACAGGGAUUAAGCCACUCAACCCAAUAGAGGUCCCCCUACUAAACACAGCCAUCCUUUUAGCCUCGGGCGUUACCGUAACAUGAGCCCACCACAGCAUUACAGAAGGAAACCGAAAACACGCCAUCCAUGCCCUAACCCUGACAAUCCUCUUAGGAUUCUACUUCACAGCCCUGCAAGCAAUAGAAUACCACGAAGCCCCAUUCUCAAUCGCUGACAGCGUCUACGGGUCCACCUUCUUCGUUGCCACUGGGUUCCACGGACUUCACGUAAUCAUCGGAUCCUCCUUCCUAACCGUCUGCCUCCUCCGAUUGAUUAAAUUCCACUUCACGUCAGACCAUCACUUCGGGUUCGAGGCAGCAGCCUGGUAUUGACACUUCGUAGACGUCAUCUGAUUAUUCCUCUACAUAACCAUCUACUGAUGAGGAUCUU